AUGGAAAAUCCAGAGAUUGAUAGAGACAUUGUUAAUUUUGUCUCCGAUCAGCUCCAAAAUGACACGAAACUUCGGAGGUGGAAUACUCGACAUGCCGAGAUUCAGGAGCAAUUGACACAAAAAGCACAGGGAGUAUAUGUUCAAUGUCAGCUUACGGAAAUCAAACGGGCACUGAACCGAAACCAGCUUGACCGUUUUCUACACGCUCUUCCUCGAGAUUUGGAUGAAACAUACGAGCGGAUUCUGAGCAGCAUCGAUGAAGCCUAUGUUCAUGACGUACGUCGGAUUUUGACUUUGCUUUGCUUCUCCACACGGCCUCUCACUAUUGAUGAGCUACUUGAUGCUCAUGCAGUGGAUCUUGGUGCCCCUCCGCAUCUUGAUCGUGAGGGCCGACUGUUGGAGCAAAAUGAUAUCAUUGAUAUAUCAGUGGCUACUAAACUUGAGAAUCUAUCGGAAACGGUCAAUGCUGAAGGUGGGUGGAAUUGCCAUGCUCUCCAGGCUGCUUCUGCUAGAGGACAUGUUGAGAUCGUACAGACACUACUAGACCACGGCGCUGAUGUCAAUGCCCAAGGUGGUUUUUAUGGCAAUGCCCUGCAGACUGCAUCCUCUUAUGGCCAUGAAGUGGUGGUGCAGAUGCUACUAGAUCAUGGCGCCGAUGUCAAUGCCCAAGGUGGGCGCUUUCGCAAUGCCCUUGAGGCUGCAUCAUUUGAGGGUCAUGAGAAGGUGAUAGAGAUGUUACUAAGUCAUGGUGCUGAAGUCAAUGCCAAGUAUACAAACUCUAACCCAUUUGCAUGGUAUGGCAAUGCUCUCCAUAUUGCUUCUGCUGAAGGAUAUGUUGGGAUCGUGCAGAAAUUGCUAGAGAAAGGAGCCGAAGUCAAUGCUCAAGAGGGAAGAUUUGCCAAUGCUCUCCAGGUUGCUUCUGCUAGCGGAUAUGUUGAGAUUGUGCAGAUGUUACUAGACAAAGGAGCUGAUAUCAAUGCUCAAGGCGGAGAAUAUGGCAAUGCUCUUCAGGCUGCUUCUGUCAAAAACGUUGAGAUCGUGCAGAUGUUACUAGAGAAAGGAGCUGAUAUCAAUGCUCAAGGUGGAAGAUAUGGCAAUGCUCUCCAGGCUGCUUCUGCUAGCGGAUAUGUUGAGAUUGUGCAGAUGUUACUGGACAAAGGAGCUGAUAUCAAUUCUCAAGGCGGAGAAUAUGGCAAUGCUCUCCAGGCUGCUUUUAUCAGAGAAAAUUAUGAGAUCGUGCAGAUAUUACUAGAGAAAGGAGCUGAUAUCAAUGCUCCAGGCAGUAUUCAUGGCAAUGCUCUUCAGGCUGCUUCUAUCAGAGGAAACGUUGAGGUCGUGCAGAUGUUACUAAAGAAAGGAGCUGAUAUCAAUGCUCAAGGCGGAAAGUAUGGCAAUGCUCUUCAGGCUGCUUCUAUCAGAGGAAACGUUGAGAUCGUGCAGAUGUUGCUAGAGAAAGGAGCUGAUAUCAAUGCUCAAGGCGGAGAAUAUGGCAAUGCUCUUCAGGCUGCUUCUGCCAGCGGAUAUAUUGAGAUCGUGCAGACGUUGCUAGAGAAAGGAGCUGAUAAUGCUCAAAAUGGGAGACAUGGCAAUGCUCUUCAGGCUGCUUCUGCUAGAGGACAUGUUGAGAUCGUGCAGACGUUGCUAGAGAAAGGAGCUGAUAAUGCUCAAGAUGGGAGACAUGGCAAUGCUCUCCAGUCUACUUUGACCAAGCAAGUACCGGAAAACUAUGUGUAA